AGCCAAUGGUCUUGCUGAAUAGGUUAUCACGCAGCUCAUACAUUGAUCGACAGUUUGAAAUAAAGCCCAUUCCAUUAAAUGAGGUUAAAGGUGUCAUCUGUCUGGAGCUGGAAAUAAUUCGUGGAUAUAAAGUCAAGAUGUCGAACACGGGAGGACGAAGACUGAAGCAGUGGUUGAUUGAGCAGAUCAAGAGCGGACAGUACUCGGGGCUUGAGUGGGAGGAUGACAGCCUCACCAUGUUUCGCAUCCCAUGGAAGCAUGCUGGGAAGCAGGAUUAUAACCAAGAGGUCGAUGCUUCCAUCUUCAAGGCCUGGGCUGUGUUUAAGGGCAAGUUUAAAGAGGGGGAGAAGGCUGAGCCUGCUACUUGGAAAACUAGGCUCCGCUGUGCCCUGAACAAGAGCCCAGACUUUGAGGAGGUGACGGACAGGUCACAACUGGACAUCUCAGAGCCCUACAAGGUCUACCGCAUUGUCCCUGAAGAGGAACAGAAGCUCGGUAAAACCACAGCGAUGGUCACGACAGCUGGCGACAUCGCUGACUUAGACUGCAGCUCUGCAGAGCUAGAGGAGUUGAUCAAAGUGGCCUCCACUGAUGACUACCCCUCAGCCAUCAAGAGAAGCUACUCUCCCCAGGAGGAUGGCUUUAACGUCCAAGCCAGCCCUGAGUACUGGUCACAUGGCAGCAUACCCGUCUUUCCGUUGCACCACACUCCCUUACCUGCCAGGUUCAGCUCAGUGUUCUCCCAGAUGAUGAUCUCCUUCUACUACGGGGGCCAGCUGAUGCAUAGCACGGUGACCUCCCACCCCGAGGGCUGCCGCAUCUCCCCGGUGCUGCCCCAGCAGCGCGCCGUCGCCCGCGGCUACAGCUCCGACACCAUGCAGAGCGUGCACUUCCCGCCGGCCGACCUCAUCGACAACGAGCGCCAGCGGCAGGUCACCUGCAAGCUGCUGGGCCACCUGGAGAGGGGCGUUCUGGUGCGGGCCAACCGCGAGGGCGUCUUCAUCAAGAGGCUCUGCCAGAGCCGGGUGUUCUGGAGCGGCCACGGGGAGCACGGCCAACACCACGGCCCCGUGACCUGCAAGCUGGAGAGGGACGCCGUGGUGAAGAUCUUCGACACGGGCCGCUUCCUGCACGCUCUUCAACUGCACCAAGAAGGCCAGAUCCCCGCACCUGACCCCACGGUGACGCUCUGUUUCGGGGAGGAACUACAUGACCUCAGCAACGCCAAGAACAAACUCAUCCUGGUCCAGAUCACCGCCAUGAACUGUCAGCAGCUUCUUGAGGCUGUGAACAUGCGGGCUGUCCAGUCUUACAACCACAGCCCUUCUGUAGAGAUGUCAGACGAGAUGGCCAGUGACCAGAUGGCACGCAUCUACCAGGACCUGUGCAGCUACAGCGCCCCCCAGAGGACAGACUGUUACAGGGACAACAUGACCAUUACCGCAUGAGCUCCGGGCUUUAAGCUCAUGAACACACUGUCUCAACAGAGCCCGGUACAUUAUUGCUACUACGGUGGUUGUGGAUAUACAUUGUUCCCAUCGUAGAAGGUACUGCUCUUUCCCCCAAACUCAUUGUAAUUAUGAUUUCAUGAGGAAUUUGUUCUCUAAGUCUGAAUGCGUUUCUCUCAUCUCAUCUUUGUUUUGUACUGUGUUCGUGAAACGCAUGUCAAAUUGACAUUUUACUGUAAAGAGGGAGAUAAUUGACUAUGGUCAGAAUCACAUACACUUUAUAUUUUUAUAUGUUUGAGUGUAGUAAAUGUUUGUAAAAGUUGUUUAUUAAUCUGCAAUGAAACCACUACAGAUAGGUUUUACUAUCUGUAUUGGCUACUGGCGAUUACUUUCUCCUUAUUCCUGUUAUGUAGCUUUCAUGAACUUCAGAACUUCUUAAUAAAUUCUUUACAAAACUUCUAA